AUGCCCCUUCUUUCCUCCCCCCGCCCCUCCGUCCCGUUCCCCUGCACCCUACCCUCUCCCCCUGCUCUCCCCUUUCCUCAGGCUGCGAAUGGGACCCCCUUCAGCCAUGGCUACCACUACAGACAGCAAGGACCAGUGGCCGCCACAGCAGCAAUCUCCCCCCUUUCACUUCGUGUCCCCUCAUUCCCUCCCACUUCUCCCUUUCCCCCACUUUCUUCUCCUCCCCUCAGGCUGCGCAUGGGACCGUCUUCAGCCGUGGCGACCACUACAGACAGCAAGGACCAGUGGCCGCUGCAGCAGCAGUCUCUGCGUUCCAACAAGCUUGAGCUUGACCUCAUGUCUCCUCCAGGCAACGGCCUCUCACUGCUGGUUCCGAGUUCAGAGCGGUUGGGAGCGGUGGACGAGGAGGAGACAGCAGAAGGGGAGAGCAAGGCACAUUUGCAGCGUGGCAUGGCCUGA